AUGGCCUCCCUCGCCUCGGGCGCUGACGCGGCGGCUGCCGCUCCUGCUGACGGCCGGAUGUCUGGCGCGGCCUCCAGUGAGUCGGGGUCGUCCGACCCUCGCAGCACCUCCCGCAGUGAGCAGCGGCGCCGUGACGCGCGCUGGCGGCAGAAGCGGCAGGCUGGUCGGGCCAAUCGUGACACAGGCUGGGACGAGCGUCCGCGCGACCGCCAGCAGGGCGGCGGUCGGGCGUCAGCUGGGCGCGCUGGGGGCCCUGAUGCUACCCAGCUGGUGGCGGAGCAACUGCGGCUGACGGCCUGCCCCCACCCGACGCCUGGGCUGCAGCCGCGGCUCAAAGGUUCGGACCUGGCGGUGGAGACGGUCUCGGCGCCCCGCCCGCCCGCGCGGGCAUCCAGCCAGCCGGCGCACCCGGGGGCGGAGGACCGGUACGCCCAGCCCCCGCUGGAGGUGGAGGAGGCGCUGCUGGACAUCGAGACGCGGCUCCAGGCGACCUUGCAGUCCACCUCGCGCUCCCUCACGAAGGGCUUGGCGGAGUUUCGCACAGCGGUCGAGGGCCGCAUGGGCGCCGUGGAGGCGAAGGUGGCCAACGUGCAGGACGACGUUGCCCAGCUUCGCCAAGAGAUGGAUGAGCUGCGCCGUGAGCUCGGGGUCGUCCAGUCUACGGAGCCUGCACCGCUCCCUCCUGGACCAGCAUGGUCGAGGACUCCUGACCCGUGCGUCCUGGUCCUCAACGCCAGGGCAGCGGUGGCAAAGGAGGCAGUCAUGGGCAUGCUGGGCCCGCUACUGGCUGACGCCCAGGUGGCGGCCACAUCCGACUCCGUGGACCUGGAGGGUGAGGCUCUGGCGCAGCGGUUCGUGCUCCGCUUCAAGGGCGACACGGGCCUCGCGUCGCGGAGGGCCAACAAAGUUCUUGGGGCCAUGCGGAUCGGGCCCUCGGACUGGCGCCGCCUCGCCUGCCGCACACCUGGCGGCGAGCCCGUCGAGGUGUCCAUCGGGCCCGACAAGAAUCGUUCGCAGAUCACCCACGAACUCGCCCUCAAGAAAUUCAAGGUCGCCCUCCUCCCGCAUUUGGGGGGCGGUCGCGUCUUCCUGGACAAGUCGGAGGCCGCCCUUAGUAAGAACUGGCGCCAGUUCGUCAAGGUCCAGAUCGACGGGCCCGCAUCCGUGCCACGCGUCCUGUGGAAGGACCACAACCCGCUCGCGCUGCUUUCACGCCCGACGACGGUGGGUGGUGCAUUAGACCACUUCGGGAAGCUUUGGGGGGGGCCGCAGGAGGUCUUCCGCGCCUCCACCUGGAACACCCGCGCCCUCAUGCACCACGACCCGCCGACUGCGGCCAAUCGGGCGGCCUACCUCCAGCAGCGGUGGCAGGGCAAGGGCGUGGUGUGCUUGCAGGAAACGCAUGGCUCUACAGCGAGGCUCGCUGACCAGCUGCGGUUGGUUGGAUAUCGAUGCCGCAGUUUUGCGUCGUUCGGCCAGAACGACUUGGGUGGGGUUGUCACUGUGUUCCCGUACACGAGUGCUGAGAUGGUGAACUUCGAGCCCAGGAUGGUGGUCCGGGGGAGAGUGCUAAGGGUGAAGGCGACUCUGAUCCCGCACUCGUGCGACCUCAUCGUGUGGAACAUUCACAAUUUUGAUUUGCAGGCCUCCCAGCAGAAGUACGUUGCCGACCGGCUUCAGGAGGAUCUGCUUUGGGCGGGCCUCGCCCCGCGUCAACGAUCCAUCCUCGUGAUGGGCGGUUUCAACUUCCGGGCCCUUCCUGCCGAUCCUGAGGAGGCGCAGGCUGCUGGUCGCAGGGAGGAGCACGGGCCUCGCCCACCUCGGCACUGGCGCGCGGGGCUGCGCGGCUACACGGAGCUGCAGCCUGCGGAGCCGACCCACUGGGCUCAGAAUCGCGGGACCUACAGCUCCAUCGACAGGAUCUACGUGGGCGCCCCGCAGUGGCUGCAAUGCCAGACGUGGAUGCAGCUCUCCAACGGCGGCGACCCGAGGGAGCUCCACUGCAGUGGGCUCAGCGACCACACGCUGCUGACCCUCGCGUGGUCGCGCCACCCGCCGGCGCGCCGGGACCCCGAUCGGCCGGCGCCGAUCCCCGACUACAUCUGCAAGCUCCCGCGGUACCGGGAGCUGGUGGGCCUCUACGUCGCGGCCCUCCCGCUCGAGCGACUUCCUGCUCCGGAGCGGCUACUGGUCUCCACGAGGCUCCUGCAGGCGGCGGCGAAGGAGGUGCAUAAUGAGGAGUUGAGGACGAUGUCGUGGACCCGGCGCUCGACGGCGACGAUCUGGCGGCAGAUGGCGCGGGCUUGCUGGCGGGAGGAAUGGAGGCUUGCUGACCUCCUCUGCCGCCGCCACCCGUGGGCGCAGGAGUUCCUGGACGUCGACGCCACGCGACGCACGGUCGUCAUGAAGCGGCCCGACGAGUUCCACCGAAGGCACGCCCUCGCCCAACGCCGCUUCAUGGCGCAGCGGGGCCGCGAGGCCGAGGCGGACGUGGCGGCGGCCCAGGGGUGCCCCCCUCCUGGCCCUGAGAGCGAGGACCAAGCCAGGCGAGCGAAGAGUGAGCUCAUGCGCCUGCGCGGGCAGCAGCGGGCCCUGCGGCGUCGGGCGGAGCUCUGGUUGCCCUUCUCGGCGCGGCGCUGCCUGGGUGCGGUCAAGACGCAGCGUGGCGCGGUGACCGCCCCGCUGGACAAGGCGGCCGCCCUCGCCUCCCAUGGGGGCGCGGUCUUCGAUCCCGAGCCGCAGACGCCUGGGCGCAAGCAGUGGCGCGAGCGGAUCGGUCGGCAAUACAUUCAGUGUCACGGCCUCCAGCGCUAUGACUGGGAGGCCCUGGGGCCGCCCACCAAGCAGGACAUCGCCAGGGGCGUCGCCUCGGCCCGCGCCUCGGCCCCCGGGGUCGACGGGCUCCCUGCCAGGGCAUGGGGUGCCCGCCCCGCGCUGGCGGACGCCCUCGCGGCGGCCAUGCGCUGGCAGAUGGACGGGCUGCCGCUGGGGAUCGCCUUCAACGACUCCAUCUUGAUCUGUCCGCCGAAGGGCGACGAGCCGGACGACGUCAUCGGACAGCCUGUUUCUCGUGGGGCUGAGGACACGCGGCCGCUUUCGCCCCGGAACUCGGGGGCCAAGAUCAUCUCCUGGGCCCUGAACGCCAAGCUGAAGCGUGCAGUGGCGGCGUCUGUGUGCUGGACACAACGAGGCUUCCUGACGGGCCGCAACUUCUGCGAAAACUUGGCCAAAAUCUCCACCGGCCGCGGGCUGUGGCGUCAGCGCGCCGGCGGCCCGGGCGCCUGCAAGGGCGGCGCGCCCGCCGGCGGCGGCUCCGGCCUGCGCCCUGGAGUCGGGGACGUGCUCCUCAACCCGUCCUCGACCGAGUGGCUGAAGCUGGACCCUGCGGAACUGCGAGGGCUGGGUCCGCCUCGGCCGUUUCUGUGCAGCUACGAUUACUCGCGCGCCUUCCCCUCGGUCUUCCAGGAUUGGCUGUGGUGGGUGCUGGAGGAGUGGGAGAUCCCGCAGCCCCUGCUGAAUGGGCUCCAGAUGCAAUACAGAGAGGUCCGUGCCCUGGACUCCGGGCCGACGCGCGAGGAGCUCUUCCGUGUGCGCAGCGGGGUGCUGCAAGGUGACCCUGCUUCGGGAUCCCUGUACGCGGCUGGAGAGCACCCGUUCUGCCAGGACAUGGCCAAGCACUUGGAGGGGCGGCGCCGUGGCAUCGGCCGCUGGUGCGCGGACGACCUCCUCGCGGUCACGCUCCAGCUGGUCGGACUUCGCGUGGUCGGGAGGAUCAUGAAGGCCUCGGCGCUGCUCGCCAACCUGGUCUUGAAGGAGGAGAAGUGCGUCUGCGUGCCCCUCUGGGCACCCCUCUCGGCGGAGGUGGAGGAGGAAGCGCGCCAGAUCCUCGGCUCCGUCUCCGAGCGGUGGCGGCUCUUCCGCAUCGCCCCGAUGGCGAAGGCGCUCGGGGUCCUCCUGGGCCCAGCAGCGUCGACGGACCUCCAGUGGGCGCCAACGCUGGAGAAGUGGGAAUGGCGCGCCGGGCAGAUUGCCGCUGCCCCCUACGAUGCACAGACGGCGGUGCAGGUCUUCCACGAGAGGGCCCUGGCGGUCGCCUCGUACAAGGCGCAGCUCAUCCCGCUGCCGAAGCGCCUGCCCAAGGCAGAGCACCACGUGCUUUGUCGGCUGCUGCGGGCGCCGGGCAGCUGGCUCGGACUCUUGGAUUUCUCGGCCCUGGACCUGCUCGCUUUGACCCCGAUGCACCUCCUUGGGGACCUCUGCGCAGCGGCCCGCGUGCGCACCGCCACGCAGACCUUGGUGACAUGGCGCGCGAUGGCGCGGGCCCUCCGCGAGACGGCAGCGCGGUGCCUUUCGCUCGAGGCCCUCGGCCGAGGGCUCGCGUGGCCGGGCUUCUGGGAAGCGAGGCCCCUUGCCAUGCUCCUGGAGGAGGCGGCGACGCUGCUGGGCUCGGAGACUGCCCUGAGGGUCGCGUCGCUGGAAGCCGAGGCCGCGCUGAUGCGCGCCCUCGCGCUGCCCGAUCGACGCUCGGGCCUGGCUGCGAGGGUGCGCAAGCGCCUGGAGAUAUGGUUUGCCAUUCCCCCGGACGUCCUGUUCCCGCGGACAUGCUUGCCCGGCUAG